AUGAGCCACCAUCAUCUUGAGGAACUGUGCAGCGGAAUAGGAGAUGAGAUUUCGAUUUAUAUCCGCUGGAAUGAUGCUCGCCUUAUUGUUUACCUGAACCGCUCUCAGACAAGCACGGAUGUCACUUCAAUUGAGAACACUUUCCUCGAUAGAUACUAUGAGGCUUGUAAUAACGACGACAUCGAGGAAGCUGAGGCUCUCUCCGAUGAAAUUCUCGAUGCUGUCGUCGAGGCUGGAAGAGAUACUUUCGACCAUCUGGCCCCUCCACCUGCCCCUGGAGAUACAUUGUCGCAAGACCUUCACACUCUAUUGUUUCCCAAGGAGUACUCCUUUUCAUUUCAAGACUUAAAUGGAAAGGCAGAAGUGGUACGGAAAGAUAGUGGCGCCAGACAAGACUCUAUCCUCCUUGGUCAAUCUGGCCAGCCAUUCCACCUCAAAAUCGACAAAGAUUGCAACCUACCAGUUCACUCUACGAAAGAAAUACAUGUCGUCGAAAACCUUCUCAACGCAGGUUAUAUCGCCCGCGUGCAAGUCGAAGGCAAAGAGAUGUGUUCAAAGGCUGGAGAUAGCAAGGGCGAGGAUGCCGCACAACGAGAGCUUGAGUGUCUCUGGAAAAUUACGAAAUCGCCCCACGCAGCUGCCAUUCAGGUUCCCAAGCUCCUUGGUCUGAUCACAACACCCGAAAAUGGUAAGACUAUUGGGUUUUUGGAGGAGUAUAUCCCAGUCUCUGAGACUUGGGAACUAUCAACACUUGGAAGCAUUGAUGAUGUCUCUGAGAUUGAUGAGAGCCGUCGAAAGAAGUGGGUAUCUCAGGUUCGGGGCACUGUCGAUCUCCUACAUAAGACCGGGAUUACAUGGGGCGAUGGCAAAGCAUCUAAUGUAUUGAUUCAUCGCGAAACGGACGAUGCGUGGGUCAUUGACUUCGGGGGCGGAUGGACGGAAGGCUGGGUAGACGAAGAGUUAAGCGGAACGGUGAAGGGAGACGAGGUCGCUAUCAAAAAGAUCAUGGAAUACCUGCAAAUUUCGUAG